AUGAUGUAUUUGUGGUUUAUACUUUUCGUGCCGAGUGCCCGUCUAAUUUGGCCCCCGGCCCACGAUGUAAGCUUGGAAGACAACGAUACCUUCGAAAUAAUAGACACAUUCGACGAAGAAGAGAUGCAAGACGUGUAUGACGAAGAAUCGGAGAUGAUUAGGAUGGGUUUGCUGGAAAAAGAGACCACGGAAAGUGGGGACUUCUACAGGUUGCACCAAGUGGCCGAAAGGCGAAACAAAGAGGUUUCGAAAGAGGACAAAAAACUGAGGUACAAAUACAAAAGAGAAUUCAAUCCGGAAAUGCUCGAACCGCGGCCCUGGAAGGCAAGCUACAUCGACGAAAAAGGAGGGGAACACAAAAAUAAAAGGGCAUUCGAUGUAAACACCAACUACGAUUACAACACCUACGAAAUCGAGUUUAAGAAGAAUUUGGAGAAAAGGGAAAACCUGAGUAGCACUUUGAAUGCUACUGACGUUGCAGAGGAUGAAACUCUUAAAGAUGCAGCUGGUACUUUGAUAGACUUUAAAAAACCCAUAAACUGCACAGCAGAAGAAAAUAGAGGAAUAGGUAUUGGUGCUUUGGAAUGCCUGUGGGAAGAUCAAAGCACAGACCACAAAGCUGUAAAGGUGCUAAAAAAAAUUGGCAAAAUUAUCGUGGUCUGGACUACUGUUUAUUUAGCGAUUGCUAUACCGCUAUGGUGUUGGUGCUGCUGUUGCUUCCGCUGUAAAUUUUGCUUUCCAAAGGCAAGAAUUGACGAAGUCAAGAAAUAUUUGACUGAAAACCCUAUUGGAGUCUAUCACGACGAAGAUGGCGCUGAAAUCAAAUACGAGCCCACGAAUUACGAAAAAUACGCCCAAAAAAAAUUGGAGAGAGCCAUAAGAAAGUUGUAG